CUCAUUUCACGCUAGUUGUUCCGAAAUCGAUCACAACGAUCACAACACAAUGUCGAAGAGAUCAAAACGGUGGUUCCGUUCAGUCUUCGACGAUAUCGACAGUGCUGUUCCGGCUGUCCCACCGAAAGAGAGUCGAAUCAAACUCGACGAAACAUCAGUGACUAAAAAAAAGAAAUUAUCUAAUUCUAUAAACAAAACUUCACCAAUCUCUACUAGCGGGAUGCAUUCCACCAAUAGCGUAAAUACGGUAAAUACCAACAAUGGCAUCUUCAAAGCGAUAGAUUGGUCCGUUGAUUCGGCUCCGGAAACAGUUGCUGAUUUGGUCAUUCAUCAAAAGCCGUGAAGACGAUAGCCGCCGCCCGCCGGUCUUGGUUACCAGGUAGCGAAGUGGACCACACCGGUCGAUGCGGAACUAUAUUUUCGGGAUGAUUUCGAUUUUGAAGGUGCUCCUGGUGAACAGCUAACUUUUCGCGAAAAUCAGAGACAACAGUUUGAUUAGUUUCUUUACAAAAUAUCCCGCUAUUGUUCGGUAUUUUAAACAGAAAUCGAGCGCAAGCUGUUGUUAGUGGAAGAUUUACCGAACAUAUUCCUGCGGGAUCCUGAAGCAUUUCGCAGUUCCUUGGAGGCUUUCCAAGAUGCAGGAGCCUGACCGUUGGUUUUUAUAGCAACCGAUACAUCUAGCAAAAAAUUGGAUAUCGUAACAUAUAACCUUUUUCCGCCUGCAGUAAUGCAUGAAUUUAAAAUUUAUCACAUAACCGGGUGCAACCAUCUUCAAAGGCAGAAGUAAGAAAAAAGAGCUUAAAUUAAAGUCAGUAAGAUGUAAUAAAAGUUUCACUCUGAUGCAUGCGCUGGGACGAGUUUUUAAUCCAAAAUUUAAGCAAACGAGCGGAGGAACAGCCGCGGAAAAGUUCCACCAUUUGCGGAGGACCUACCCGAAUGUUUUGUUCCUCAGCCGGGAUCGAUGAUUUCAUUGCUACCUUCUUAUUACGUCGUUCGAUUUACCGAUAUCGAAAACAUCACCGGAGCGGCGGACGCGCUUAAGCCUGUAGUACACUCUUUGACCGACCGUCAAAUAUUUGUCACUUUUUGACCGAUAAAAAUUUGGUCAAAGAUAAUUAUUUGUCACUCUCCAAUUUUAACAUGGGGCAAACACGGGCAAACAACAACCAUGAUGUCAAAUAAAUUUGACCAUUAUGUCAGAAGGUCAAAUAUUUGACCAUUAGACAAAGAGUGUACUACAGGCUUUAGUCUAGCGGAUAAGAUUAUGAGUGAGUACCGUGAAGAUUCAAUGGCCAACCAUGGGUUAAAUAUCGUCAUACGAGGCAUCAUGGUGUCCAAUCGACCUUCAACAAACCUAGUGUUAGCAGUUACCAUGGGGUGCUGAGAAGGCAUGUUUUUGAGUAUGUACAAACAUUAUCUGAACAUAAUUGAGGGGACAAAAGGAUGGACAAUAAAUUGUACAUAAUACACAACCUAUAAUCAUUUUGAGUUGUUCCUAUUGUGAUUUAGAUCUUACUGAUUGAAUGCUUCGUGCAGUAUCAAAACUGCAUAUACAGUAAAAUAUUUAGUUCGAAAACACCAGCGCCAACGUUUACGAUAGUUUCGUAGUUUUACUACUCACUACCCUGAUAUUCAGCAGCACUUACUAUGAAAGAAUCGUAGAAACAAAUCAAAGCAAACAGCGUAAAGAAGUUGGGCUGCGAUUAUUUUUUCGAAAACUACUGGAAAAAAAGUUGCUAAGUAGCCGAGUAGUAACAAUUCUCGGGCUUUUUUCAUUCCAUUUUCCUGUUUUUUUUAGAUUGUGCUUUCACAAAUGUUCUUCAACCAUUACCCGGAUGAGGUACCCCCUACUUUAGCGGACAAAUGCUUGAAUCUCCUAGAACUAGCGAACAGACUGUGCUUACCGCGAUUGCUGAAUUCGGCUGAAUGUCACGUAAUAGAAGAUCUCACAACGAUCGCUGGAUCGCGCGAAUUGGGUAAGCCAAGUGAUAUGCAUAAAGUCCGUCAACUCGUCGAACCAUUUACUGCGGAUCAAAGCAAGCCUAUGUUUUAUUCGUGAUGAAAUGAAAAUUUGUGACAGGUGAAAAUUGUAAUAGUUAGAAUCGUUUUGAAACUUGUAGUCAUGUGAAUGUGUUUCUCAAGAGUUCUUGGAGCUGCCUCAAAUGAUGGUACUUUUUUGAAGACGCAAGCGAAUCAGAGUGUUAAGAACUAUGAAGCUCACGGGUCAUGUUGAUAUCGCGAUAUGAUUUCAUGAGGGCUACGGAAACCUCAAUGAAUCCCAUGUCAAGUUGAUUGUGCUUCCACAAAUGUUGAUCGAUCUAUACACGAAUGAAGUACCACCUAUUUCAGCAGACAAAUGCUUGAACAUUCUAGCGAACAGACUGUGCUUACAGCAUUUGCAGAUGCUGAAAUUGGCCGGAUAUCACGCAAUAGAAUAUUUCACGAGGAUGUUGCAAAAUAAAACCAGCGAAGGAAAUUGAAGGCAGUCAAGGCUUCAUAAUGCACAUCAAUUAGAAUCUGUCUGAAUUAUAACAGCAUCUGUAAACCGUCUCCACGGGUCUAAGCUUACAUGCGGAUGACCGAGACUACCUUUGAGAGCAUCGAUGGGCUCCAGAGGGUUAUAUGAAUGAGCUUAAUCGCGAACUGAAUAAUGGGAAGGAAGACGUCGGCAGAUGAUAAGGAUGGCUAUGCUUUGCCGAAGGUAACAGAUAAUCAAAGUGAAUGAAAAAGUAUAAGUGUAUGAAAUUCACAACAAUGGAAAAAAAUUAUGAUUUAGUCAAACGGAAUAAAACGGCUGAAAACAAAAAGAUUUUUUUCUUCAUUUAAACAGAAAUUGCCAAAGCGCUACAUUCGGAAUGUGACUGCUGCCGAAAGUCGGUCUGGAAUCUGGCCAGGCUGGAAGUUUCCGGAAGAAAUAAAGGUUGGCGGAACUCGGACAGGUUGAGCGGUUGGUGGAGGACGAGGAGGAGGAAGAAGAGAGAACGGUUGGAAGAACUCGGAGCGGUUGCAGUACCGGAUGGAAUUCCUGCCAGGUUGGAAGUUUCCGGAAAAGAUAAUGGUUCGCGGAGCUCGGACAGGUUGAGCGGUUGGUGGAGGACGAGGAGGAGGAAGGAGAGAGAACGGUUGGAAGAACUCGGAGCGGUUGCAGUACCGGGUAGAAUUCCUGCCGGAUGACAUCGGUAGACUAACCUGCGGACACGGUCAAGAGGAGGAACGCAACCAUCCACUACAUUCGGAUAAAAUUAUAAUUCUGUUGACAAAAUAAAUUGAAGGAUCAUUCGCAUUUA